AUGACCUUCAACAAUUACAUAGAAGAGAAUCCUGGAAAAUUUUCUCAAAAUAUCGAAGAUCUCAGAUCACCCAUGGGACUUUAUCUUUUAUUGCUAUUUAUUAAGAAAAAAAAGAAAGACGAAAGCGCGGGAUUGAGCAUAUGUACAACACGAUCCAAUUUUAUCGGAAGUUCAAUCGAUAUUGAACAAAUAGUGAAUGAAGGACUAUUUCAUUCAGAUGAAAUAUCCGAAACUGAUGAAGAAAAGGCGUCCCCAAAGGGUAUAAAGAAAUAA